AUGGCUUUGCUUCAAUACAUUGCCAUCGAAGUUGGUCAAGACACUGAGGCAUGGUUCGGUUUUGCUGGCACGCCGGGUUAUCUCUCUCCGGAAGUGCUAAAGAAGGACCCAUACGGAAAACCAGUUGAUAUAUGGGCAUGUGGAGUGAUUCUUUAUAUAUUGCUUGUCGGCUACCCUCCUUUCUGGGAUGAGGACCAGCACAGACUGUACGCGCAGAUCAAGGCCGGUGCAUAUGACUACCCAAGUCCUGAAUGGGAUACGGUAACACCGGAAGCUAAAAGCUUAAUAGACAGUAUGCUUACGGUCAAUCCGAAGAAACGGAUAACUGCCGAUCAAGCGCUCAAAGUACCGUGGAUAUGUAAUCGUGAACGUGUAGCGUCUGUUAUGCAUCGACAGGAUACUGUAGACUGUUUGAAGAAGUUCAAUGCGAGAAGGAAGCUCAAGGUACUUUUAAGUAAAAGUCAGUAG